AGAGAGACACAAAGAAUGGAAUGGAUCACAGGUGUGGUUGAGUAUGAGGUCAAGUCAAGAUCUCUCUGAGGGCGUCUGGCAUCAUGGACAGCAAACUGGAUCAAUGAGCCAGAGUUCCCUCUCAUCCUGAGCUGUCAGUUCAGACGGUUCUGCAAACGUCUGAGAAUAUCGUCUUCUCAACAAAACAAGGCUGUUGAUCCUACAUUAACAAGAAGAGGUUCCCAGUAAGAGAUAUCUUCAGCCUCGUACUUUUCUGCACACCGUUCUGCCGUUUACAGCCAUGAUAUCAAAAUUCUUACGGAAUUGCUCAUCAUUGGUCCUGCUUUUCCCUCUUCUCCAACUGCUGCGGCUGGACAUGCUCAACGCUGCCCCCUCUGGUCCGGAGUCUGACACCUGCUCCACACUGGUCCAGAGCCGCUUCUUUGGAUUCUUCCUCUCGUCCUCGGUAUUUCCCAGCACGCCCUGCUCCUGGACCCUGCAGAACCCCGACCCAAGGCGCUACACCAUCUUCAUCAAGGUCACAAAACCAACCAGAGACUGCAUUCCCCGACAGCACCGGACCUUCCAGUUUGACUCCUUCUUGGAGACGACACGAACCUUCCUCGGGAUGGAGAGCUUCGAUGAGGUGGUGAAGCUGUGUGAUGCCUCUACCCACGUUGCCUUCCUGGAAGCCGGGAAACAAUUCCUGCAGAUCCGGAAAGGGCUGCCCAGAGCAGGCGCCGGGCCCAGGAAUGGCGAUGGGGAAUUUAAGGUGGAGUAUCUUGUGGUUGGGAAGCGUAACCCCAGCAUGGCUGCCUGUCAAAUGCUGUGCCAAUGGUUGGAGGACUGCCUGACCUACAGUACCUCCAACCGGCCCUGUGGCAUCAUGCAGACACCCUGCCAAUGUUGGGACCAGCCCCCACCGGACAAAGAAACCAGUGGAUGCUACCGGGACGGAGUCUACUUGGAGAACUGCAUCCCUGUUGUGAAAGAAGGAACAGCUGACACUGACACUAGCGGCGGCUGGAGUGGAUGGGGCAACUGGGCGGAGUGCAGCAGUGAAUGUGGAGGCGGAGUUCAGUCGCGCACACGCACCUGUCAAUCACCACCUGAGGAGGCAUACCUGUGCGAGGGUGUUCUAGAGGAAGGUCGUCCCUGCAACUCUCAGCCGUGCAUCGGCUACAGGCAGUAUUCCUCUAAAGGCAAGGGUUUAAGUCCAGUGAAAUACAAGGAAAUGCAAGAGGCCAUGCUUGGCAGAGGCCGACUUGGCACUCGUAGCCAAUCCCUGCGCUCGGUGGACAGCCGUAAACGAGAGGACUCUGAUAAGACCCGCAGCGGACAGCAGUCUUCGCAAACAGUGGAUCCUCCGUCGGGUGGGGAGUGGUCUGUGUGGAGCGUGUGUUCGACCACGUGCGGUGAGGGCUGGCAGAGCCGCACACGCCUAUGCGUCUCGGUGCCGUACAGCACGCAGUGCAGCGGGCCGCUACGUGAACAGAGACCCUGCAAUAACACUGUUGUGUGUCCAGUGCACGGGUCAUGGGAUGAGUGGACUCCAUGGAGCUUGUGUUCUUCAACGUGCGGCCGUGGGUACAGGGACCGCACUCGCUCCUGCAAGCAGCCGCAGUUUGGAGGAAACCCCUGUGAUGGUCCAGAGAAACAGACCAAAUUCUGCAACAUUGCUGUAUGCCCAGUGGAUGGUGUAUGGAAUGAGUGGUCCAGCUGGAGUUACUGUUCCUCGUCCUGUUCAAAUGGAACAAUGCAGCGCACUCGGGAGUGUAACGGGCCCUCGUAUGGGGGUCUGGAGUGUCAGGGUGAGUGGCGUCAGACAAGAGACUGCUUCCUUCGAGAGUGUCCUGUGGAUGGCCAAUGGCAGCUCUGGAGCUCUUGGGCUGGUUGUACCAAGACAUGUGGUGGAGGAAGCCAGCAAAGACAGAGGGUGUGUUACGGUCCCUUUUUUGGGGGGGAGCCAUGCCCAGGGGACAGAGAGGAAGUUAGACGUUGCAAUGAGAAGAGAUGUCCAGAGCCGCAUGAGAUCUGUGAUGAAGAGAAUUUCUCUAAUGUAGUUUGGAAGAAAACUCCUGCAGGGGACACUGCAGCUGUCCGCUGCCCUCCGAAUGCUGUAGGACUAAUUCUUCGGCGAUGUUCGUUGGAUGAUGAAGGCAUUGCAUACUGGGAGAACCCAACGUACAUUAAAUGCGUCUCAAAUGAUUACCGAAGUAUUCAAACAUUGACCAGAGAUCAUCUGUCCAAGGCUCAACGAGGGCUUGUGGGAGACGGGGUCUCUGAAGUCAUGACCAAGCUGAGGGUGACGUCAAGUGAUGGAACAAGCUACAGUGGAGACCUUCUGGCUAUCAUGGACAUACUGAAAAACAUGACAGAGAUAUUUAGGAGGUCCUACUACAGCCCCAGUAAUGCAGACAUGAGGAAUUUUGUGCAAUCAGUGAGUAACUUACUGAUGGAGGAAAACAGAGAGAGGUGGGAGGAAGCACAGCUGCUUGGGCCCAAUGUUAAGGAGCUUUUUCGUCUAGUGGAGGACUUUGUGGAUGUCAUCAGUCUCCGCAUGAAGGACUUCCAGGAUACUUAUGAGGUCACCGACAAUCUGGUGUUGAGUAUUCACAAGCGGCCUGUCGCAGGAAAUGCAGAUAUCACUUUCCCCAUGAAGGGGUGGAGGGGGAUGGUGGACUGGGCUCGCAACUCAGAGGACAAAGCCAAAGUGGCUAAAAACAUCCUGGUCACUGGAAAACCAGAUGAAGAUAACGCCUCAGCAUUUGUGACUGGUAUCGUACUGUAUAGAAACUUGGGCAGUAUUCUCUCUCUACAGAGAAAUAGCACAGUGCUGAACUCCAGGGUGAUAUCUGUGACAAUCAAACCCACUCCCAGCUCCCUCUCAACUCCACUAGAGAUUGAGUUCUCACACCUUUACAAUGGUACCACAAACCAAACCUGCAUUUCCUGGGAUGAGAAUGACAGAACAUGGAUAAGACCCAGCUUCCAUCUGUGACACUGAUCGUGGGCUGCGGGGUCUCGUCCCUCACCCUGCUCCUCCUCAUCAUCAUCUAUGUGUCUGUUUG